GCGCUCGCCGCUCGGCCCCUUCGACUAUGAGCUGCUGCUGCUGCGCCGCAGCGCCCGCAGCGGCUUCAUGCCCGGCGCCCACGUGUUCCCGGGCGGGCUGGCGGAACCGGCGGAUUUCUCCGCCGAGUGGCUGGGGCUGCUACCCGCCUCGCCGCACUACGGGCUGGGCGCCGUGAAGCCGCCGCCGCCCGGAGGCAGCCGCGCCCCGCUCUUCGCCACCGACAGGGAGGGCCCGAGCUCGCAGCUGCCGGGGGAAGUCGCUUUCCGCAUCUGCGCUCUCAGGGAGACCUUCGAGGAGGCGGGGAUCCUGCUGGUGGUGCCGGGGCGCGGGCCGGCCCCGCCGCUGCCCGCCGAGCGCCUGCCGCCCGCCGCCGAGCUCGGGGCGUGGCGGCGCCGGGUGCGGGAGGACGCGUCCUGCUUCCUGCGGCUGUGCCGGCACCUGGGCUGCGCGCCCAAUAUCUGGGCGCUGCACGAGUGGAGCAACUGGCUGACACCCGUGGGCAGGGCCGGCCGCGGCGGCCGCCGCUAUGACACGGCUUUCUACCUGUGCUGCCUGGAGGAGCGGCCGCCCCACGCGUCGCAGGACGACCAGGAGGUGACAGCCGUCCUGUGGUCAUCACCUCCAGAAGCCAUCGAACGUUUUAAGUCUCAAGAGAUCUGGUUUCCUCCACCUCAGUUUUAUGAAUUCUGCAGGCUGUGCAACUUCUCUUCCCUGGGGGAGCUGCAGAAGUUCAGCUCCGAACGCGCUCUUGAGGGCUGUGAGCGCUGGAUGCCGGUGAUGCUGAGUGCUGCAGAUGGACUCAUCCAGCUGCUGCCAGUAGUGAUAAGUGACACACAGGAGAUAAUCAUGGAAGUCGUGCUGUUAAAGGUUGAAGAUCCAAGUUGCUUUUGGAUUGCCAUGAAACAAUGCGUCGGGGAGCUCCUCAGUGACACUGUCUAUGAAAACCUGAACACUGAAAUGAAACACUUUUAUAACAAAGAUGCAGAUGAAAUAAAAGGAGAAGAGGUAGAAAAAGGCCAGGUUUAUGUGAUUUUCAGUGAGGAGCUCCAGUGCUGGUGUAGGGCACUGGUUGAGUCAGUCCAGUGCCGGGCAGAUGGUUACCAGCUGAGAUGUUUCCUUGUGGAUUAUGCCAAGUACUGUUCUGUUGCAUCAGAGAACAUUCGAGUUUUAGCAGGAGCGUUUGCAAAGAUCCCACACAGAGCAAAGAAGUGUCGGCUGCACUGCACGAAGCCACUGACUCUGCAUAUUGACUACUGUGAAAACACUGCCAAAAUAGGACCAGCCAAAAGAUGGGAUACUGCUGCUAUCCAGCAUUUUCGAAAACUUCUUGAAGAGGCUACCGAAAUUAAAGCCACAAUACAGGCAGUAGAAGAUAAAGUGUUAGAGGUAUUUCUUUUUGUGACUAUAAGAGAUGAAAAGAUCUGUGUUAAUGAUGAUCUGGUUGCAAAGCACUUUGCUUAUUACAAGGAAGCUGAAGGGACUGCAGGGGGUUCUGCAGAUGAUUCUGAUGAUGAAGUGUCCUUAAAUGCUGAGUGUGUUCCAGUGGAGUUUGUUGGUCCUACAUUUCUUGCCAGGCCUAAACUGCCCUUUGGGGAGGAGGUGUCACCACAUCUUGAGCCAGAUCUUGCUGGUUGUAAUUCUGUUCUUCAGAAGAGAUCCCAAAGGCCACACACGGUUCUAAAGGACAAAACUGUGCCUGUGGUCAGCAUGGUGCCAGCUGUACCUUCCAAGGAAGAUAAAGCAGUUCAAACAGAGAGGCUUCCACAGUUCUUAAAUCCCGAUUCCCUCCAGACACACACAGUGGAAGAUGACCAACAGAGUUGUAAAAGAGUUGGGAAAGAAGAAAACUUUGUAUUCCUGAGCAAGAAAAUCGAGCCAUCAUCAGUUUUGGAAACAGCACCGCUUUUUGAUGGUCUGAAAAAGGAACUUGUUUGGAACAAGUUUUCAGGCCCUACCUUCACCGAGUCGUAUUGUUGGCCACCAGUAGCUCAGGGAUGUGAUGUCAUUGCCAUCUCUCAUCAGGGAAAUGAUCCCUUAUUAUAUAUUCCACCAGUUCUUACACUUCUGCAGUUGGAAAGUGACUGCCAAGUCUUGCCAGACAUGAGUGGACCCCUAGCACUGAUUUUAUGUCCUGGAUGGAAGAAGGCACAACUUGUUUUUGACCUGCUGAAAACAUACGGGAAAGGUGGCAGACGCCUUCAUCCAGUGCUGGUAAUCCUUGGGCAGAACAAGGAAGCAGCCAGCCAAGUGGAAAUUCAAGGCUGUGAAGUAGUAGUGACUACACCAUUCAACCUCCUGAGACUGCUGGAACACAACACUAGGUUUUUGUGUAGGCUUUGCCACCUUGUUCUUGAUGAGAUUGAAGUGCUGUUCUCUGACACUACUGAACAGGUGUUUACUAUACUGGAUUGUUACAAGAAAGCCACUGCUCAGGCACAGGGAGGUCUUCCACAUCAGAUCAUUGCUGUGGGAACUCAGUGGAAUAAACACAUCACACCCUUGAUAAAGGAGUUCAUGAAUGAUCCUCACCUUGUGAUAACAGUUAUCGAAGAAGCUGCCCUCUUUGGAAAUGUGCAACAGGUGGUGCAGCCCUGCAUGAACAGCAGCAGAACUGCUGAGUUACUCAAAAUCCUGGAUUUUACCCAGAGGAAUCUUCAGAAAGUGCUGGUAUUCACUGACUCAGUAACUGAAGUAGAGAUGAUUCAUAAGGCACUGAAGAGCAACUCAGUAGUUUCCUUGAAAAAGCAUAAGGAGAGCAAGUGUAAUGCUAAGUGUGUCUUGGAGAGGUGGAGAAAAAUGCACAGUUCUGGCACUCCUGCUGUGUUAGUUUUAACAGAUGACUGCCUGCAGUCCUUGGGAAUCAGAGAUGCAACUUGUGUGAUCCAUUUCAGUUUCCCAUCUCCAGGAGUCUUUGAGCAGCGCCUGCAAAGCAUGAGUGACGAUUUCUGCGCUGGGAUAAAGGAUUCUGCUGUAGAUGAGGAACAUACUAAGGCCAAGUCAGUCAUUCUGCUGGCAGAGAACAGUUUCUGUCAUGCACCUGGGAUUCUCCACUAUUUGAAGCGUGCAGAAGCUGAAAUUCCAGAAGAAUUCUGUGAUUUGACUGCCAAGGUGCUGGAAUCUGAGGAAAAUGAGAAAUCUUCAAGGCCUUUGUGUGCUUCCCUUAAAACCUUUGGGAUUUGCAGGAACAGAACAGAGUGUCCAGAUCGCCAUCAAAUCAGUUUCUCGAUAGACAUGGCCCAGAAUAUCGCAGCUGAGAUGGUAGAAACACCUGAACGUGUGACAAUCCUGCCUCUCUUCAUUAUACAUGCAACAAACUACUUUGGUCGAAUAGUCAAGAAACAAAAGGAUCAAUAUACAGUUCUUGCUAAAGAAAUGAAUGAUUAUUUCAAGGUCCCGGAACAUAGGAUAUCCGUUAACACCGUGGAGAAGUCAGUGUACUAUGGGUUACAUGAGGGAGCCAAUUACCACAGGGUUCAGGUGGUAGAGACUCCCGCAAAAGAUGAAGAAAACAUCUGUAAGGUCACAAUUAAAUAUAUAGAUGAAGGCAGGACAAGUCAAGUUAAUAGUGAUCAGCUGCUUCACUUACCUUCAGAGUUUCAGAGUCUGCCACCUCAGGCUGUGGAAAUUGUAGUUUGUAGAGUAAAACCCAUAGAUAAUGAAGUUGAAUGGAAUCCAAAGGUGACUGACCACAUUAAUCACAAAAUUAAAGGAAAACUUCAUCAUGCAAAAGUGGUGCAUACCUUGGGAAGAACAGUUUGGGUUGACCCAAUGGUUGGGGUUACCAAUCUUCCCACAAUGAAGAUGUGGAUCAAUGAGUACAACAUUCGAGCUGAGAUUUUGUCAACGGGUUUGGGAACCGACAAUCCUGAACAUGUAGGAGAAAUUCAGAAGCUGUGCAGACAGAUAGCAGUUUUGGAUCAUGCACAGAGCUUGGAGCAUUUACCUGCUAAACCUGAGACUACUGUUGGAAAAUCUGGAAAACUUGGAACUUCAGUACAGGCUUUGUUAGUAAGAAGCACAAAAGAGGACACAGCUGGUGCAGAGGAGGCGUCCAGUCCACAGGAUACAUUGAUACAGGAAAAUUCUGCUGGAAACUGUAGCAGUUCUGUGGGUCUUCCAGGCAAUGAUGUAGUACAAGCAAAAGAAGCAGAAGACUCGACUGUGCAUCAGCAGAAAAGCUGUCAUCCGCAAAUCAAGUGGCUUCAAGAUAAAAUGACUGUGACGCUGAAGGUACAAAUACUGAGGGCAGCUGACAGUAAAUGUGAGUUCUCUAGAGAGAAGGUGGCUUUCAGUGCUUAUUCAGAAGGGAAACUUUAUGUGGCUGACCUGGAGCUGUAUCAGUCAGUAAUUGCAGAGAAGUCAACAUGUGUGAUUAAGGAUACAGAAGCUGUGAUUUUACUGGUAAAGGAGAAAAAAGGAGCAUGGUGCAAAUUACUGAAGAACAAGAAUGUUCACGUGUCCUUAGAUUUUGAACACUGGGAAGAGUCUGAAGAUGAAGGGCCUUUUACAGUUGGUACUGCAAAACUGAGUUACCCUCCUGCAGGAUCUGAGGACUGGUUUGAGUCCUCAGAAGACAGUGAUACAGAAAGUGAUGAAUAACUGGGAGAGAAAUUCCUUUCUCCUCUGAUCAGAAUUGUAUUAUUGUUAAUUAAACGGUGUAAUUGUUGAUUAUUGAGUUGAUAGAUGCUGUAAUUAUGGUUUGUUCAUGUAACUGUUAAUUGAAAACAUUAAUGCCCUUAGAACCUGACUGUGGCUGUGUUUAAUUAUAAUCUUCACCUGAGAACAGGUACUGGCAAAGCUGUACCUGGUGUAAGAACACUUAAGAGCUGAUGUAAUCUGUAUUUUGGUCUUGGCUCUGCAUCCUGAUGACAACAGAAAUUACCAACUUGAAAAAAAAAACCAAACCUGCAGAGCAGAUGGCCUUUGCUUGUUCCAUUCUUUGACUUAAUCUCUAAAUACAUAAUGGAAGAUUUUUUUUUUGUUUGUUUUUGUUUUGUUUUGUUUUUUUUUUAAUGGUAGAUUAGUCUCUAGUGGGCUAUUUAAGAGAUGUACCUCUACUUUUUGUUUAAGAAACAAGGCUUCUUCUGUGAAAUAGAAGCAAAAAGUGGGUUUAGCCAUGCAUUCUUAGCAGCUGAAAGUCCCAGUCUAUAAAGAACAGCGUAAAAAACACCAGCAGUAUGUCAAGAAUAUUCUUCUGCCUCAAGCACGUUUUCAUGAAGGAGAGUGUUCCUGGGGCCUUGCAUAAGUGCAGUUGCAUUUUGGAACUUAUGUGGACUUCUACCCUUCUCCUGCACUAAGGAACUCGGUGAAAUAAUUUUCCUGUGUUUUGAAGCCUUCCCUAACGAGGACAUUGAGGGAGUGACAGGGUGGAGGAGCAGAAGAGAGGAAGGGGUGUCAUGCAGACUCUGUCAGAAGAGGGAGAUUGUAGCCCCAAAAUGCCUGACAAUUCAUAGGAGGGAAAGGUGGAAAAAAACAACUAAAGUUUCUCAUUUUAUAUAUAAUAUACAACUACAUUCAAACAAAAAUUGAUUUGA